AAAAACUGGCGGGGUGAGUGUCCUCUCUUGGCGGGUCGGACUCCCUCCGACGAGAGGAUUUGGCCGCUGCCAUCGACGGACGUGGUUCGAAUCUGCAGGGGCAGGGUUUGCGCAAUCACUUGCGGGCGGUGGCGAAUUCGAGAGCAGCGGAAUGUCCCGCAACGUCGUUGUCGUCGUCGAAGAAGCAUUUUGAGUCGUCUCGAUGCAUCAAUUGUGUUGAUGAAGUGAAGGAUAAUUAAGAGAAAAUCUGAAGGCAUUUCGCGGUGCCAGGAGAUUUAGUGUAAGGAGAUGAGAUUUCGCGCUGCUAGGGGAGGAAUUGAUUAUCGAUUGAUGAAAUAUCUUGAUUUAUUUUCGACUGUUACGUUGUCAACGGUUUCCGAUUGGAUCCCGUGGGAAAGGGAAUCGGAAUUUUCCUUUAGGCGGACUAAUGUUGCGUCGCGCGUGAAGUGGCUGUGAAGGAAUUGGUUUAUUAGGGGGGGGAUUGGAGCUCGUGUUUUUUUAAUAAUCUGGCCAGCAUCUGAACUUUUCAGUAGAAGUUUGGGAUUGAUGAGCUCCCAAGCUUUCCUUUCCUUGGCCGGAUCAGUUAUCGUGGUUGAUCUCUGGUUUUCUUUCUUCUGAUGCGAGGCAACUGCCAUGGUCGACGAAAGCUGUAUUCGCAUGUGGCUCCAUUUGGAAUGUGAGCGACUCUAACGGUUCAAUAAUGCAUGGAAAGCCCCCAAGCCAUGAUGUGACUCAUGGUUGAACUUGUUAGUUGUGCAAGGAUGAAAAUAUGGCGCAAAUGAUACCAAAUGUGCAUGAUUUCGCUCCAAUCAAGCGUAUGAGGUGCGAGCAGCUGCUCUACAAUCGUGGAUUUCGAGGUAUUUAUUUCACCUUGCGACUGGUCGAGCUUGUUACUGUAAUAUCUUUCAACACGUGGCAUCCUGCCGUCUGAUAGAUACAGCAGUACCAAACAUGCUACUUUCAACAACGAACGUUUGAACUACAAUACCAUGGAUUUCUGUAGCACGUGCGUCCUUAGCUAUUCACGAACAUCAUCUUCCAUAUUUCAUGAUACCACACGUCUAAAGACAGCGCAUGGUUGUCAAGUUUUUGUUGUCGAUCUAUGCUGCACAUGAACUUAGUGCAAAGAGGAGCUCCCCGUCAGGUUGCGAAGGGAAACUGAUUAUUAGGGUUUUUACCACCAAAUAUGAACCUUUGCGUUCAAUUGAAUUUAUGAGGAGAUUGAGAUGUGCUUGAAAUUAGGGCAGCUUUUCCCAGGUGUAUGACUCGUUUUCCUCAUUCCGUGAACCUCAACCAUGUUUGUCAUGACUUUCAGGCAUUUAAUUUGUCACCACAUUACCUUUUGAUUAAUAGAAAUGAUUUCAUGAAUUCGGAUCAAUGAAAUAAGAAAGGGAAGAUAUUUGGUGACCAAGUCUGCCGAAGGAUAAUGCUGCAAAAGUUGAGUUUUGAUUCUUUGACAAGCCAAUUGUGCUCAUUCACGAGUCUCUGUUAUGCUCAUAUUCUACUUUGUAACGUCUUGGAUCUGAAGGACUGAGAAGAGUUGGAUCGAUCCUGCAAAAUGGCUCAUGAAGCACAGUUCAGCGUUUUAAACCCAUCAGUUCAGGUUCCGUUUGAAUCAAAAGAAGGUAAUUUUACACGAGAAGAGCAAAUUGCAAGGUUGAAACGUUACUUUUCCUUACUGGAUCUUGCGGAGCUACUUAAGGAGAGAGGAAUGGAUUCUGAUGAACUGAUAUUUGGUGAAGAGAACGGAGAGCUACCUUUAUAUUUAUUUGACGAUAUCCUCUUUGAAACCAGACAUCCAUCUGGAUGGGUUGAAAAAUCUAUCAUUAUUCCUGCAAAGGCAGGCUUUACACAACCUAAUGGCUCAACAAAGUGGAAGCCAGCCACCGUCCUAGAUUAUCUUGAACCGAGCAACACUUAUUUGGUGAAAUGGGAUGACAGUGGAGAGACUGCUUGGUUACCAAGAAUUCAGGUGUGUUUUUCGGCUGAGGACCCACUACUCUUUGCUGACCGAGUUGUUCAUGCAUCACAAGCCCGUGCCGCAGCUAAAGUGAAGAUGAGGUUUGGGAUGUACGUAAAAAACAUGCCCAUUGACGACAUUCUACCUCUUGAUGAAGACGUAAUUAAGAAGAUAAAGAAAAACGUUUACAAUACAAAAGCUUUGAGAGAGCGAAAUGAGGACGUAUCUCAACUUCUAUCUGAGGUUACUCAAAAUUAUGUCUGUAUAAUGAAUGAACUUGUAUUUAUUGAGAGUCUUCACCGGCAAGAAACUCCUGCCCAAGAAUAUCUAAUAGAGUUCGCUGAACCACUUCCUCUAGAUAUACCAAAGCCACGAGUUCCGCGAAAUGGCACUAUAUCAAUUCCUGGUUACGAAAUCGAAGAAAAAGAGAAUGAGUUUUACGUAACUUCCUGUCUUACACGACCUGAGGUGAUCCUAGCUACAGUCAAAGUAAGAGACGAAUGCAGUAAGAUUCUAAACCUCACAAUUUUACAAACCCAAUACUCCAAGAGUUUAAGAAUUGAAGAAUUUGAACAGAUGCAAGCUUCAACGAUUGAUGCUGGCGCCACCUACUUGAAAGAAAGGUGAGAGUGUCAAGUUUUCUUCUUCACUAAAAUGACAGGUAUAUAGAGGUCUAAGAAUAUAUAUUUAUAUAUAUAUAUAUAUAGAUGAACCUUAAAAGUAUAUAUGUUUAAAUCCAAACUUUGUGAAAGCAGUUGGAUAAGUACUCUCAAGAAUGUAUUCAGAGUUACAUUCAAAAAAAUUGAUAAAGGUUGGUUCAAUAUGAAAGAAACAAGCAUGGACGCUUAUAACGCUAGCAAGAUGAAGAGGUAUUUGACCAUGGUUCAACUUAUGAUGGAGGAUUCACUUCGAUACUUGGUGGAAGAUGCUCUACAGAAAUAUACUUGUUUUGUUGAGCAACACAUAGGUUCUGCACAUAUCGAUAUUAAGUCAAUAAAUGAAGUGAUUUGUGAAUGGCCAAAGUUGACUUAUUCGCAUGUAAGUAAAGGAUUCACAACUCAGAGACAAUUUUGUGGA